CCCAAACUGGGCGUUUCUUUGCCGCUACUUCUACAGAAAGUUUUACUGUUGGGCAAAUUUUUACUAACAUUAGCCAUUAACUUACACAACAGCUACAUUAGUACCGAGACACAGAUACAGAAACGUGCCGGGGAAGAAGUUGCAAGCAGGGUGAAAACGGUGUCAUAUCUGUGCUGGUAUUGUAGGAAUACGCGUUAGCCGAAAUUAGUUUGUUUUGCUAUCUGUAGCUUGUUGGUAAAUUACGCUUCGUUGCUUUCGUCUUUUAACGAUAUGGUCGCUUAGUUAAGCACAGUUAAGGUGGCGUAAACGUAAAUAUCCAGUGUAAGCAGUGUUAGUGGUGUAAGAAGUGUUUUAUGCAGUGUUUUUGCAUAUAAUAAGUUCGGAGUAGCUAGCCGCUAGCUUAGCUAACUAGUUUUGAGUAACUUUGUUUCGGGCUACUUUAAGGGAUCGUCGUCAAGCUUGCAGACGCCAGGGGCGGGAGUGUGGUACACGGCCGUUCCCUUACUGCGCCACUUUAAGUGAAAUGGGAAGCCUUGAAACCUCCAUGUUUGUAUCUUGAAAUUGCGAGCGGAGUUGAGCACCAUAUUGAAUCAAAGUUGCCAUCUCCUUGACAAAUGUUUUACAAGUUUCAGACUUCAAACUUUAGCGGCGACCUGAGCGGACAACAACACCCGAAGUGUAAUGGAUUUGCUGUAGGCGACUUGUUGCGAUGUUUCCUGGGACGCUUCGCCUCCGUUUCCCUACAUGUUAAGUUGGUUUAAUGCACCGAGUCAGCGAACAAUCCGUAACUUUAAAGUGUGAGGUCAGCACUCUGGACCAGACCUGGAUGUGAUGGACAAUCCGUCCUCAAUAAUCACCCAAGUCAGCCGGGAUGAAGAGGGAAAUAAAGCCGCAGGAGAGAGGGGUUCUUCCCCCUCUGUGUCCUCAAAGAAGCCCAGGAGCGGAGGCCUCUUCUCCAGCCUUUUCUGCUGCCUGUGUCGAGACCAGCCUGAACCCCCGCCAGUCAACAACAAUGCCCCUCUGCUGGUCGAGGAGAACGGAACCGUCUCCAAGAUCCAGGUGAAGCCACUGCUGCCUCCAGUGAAAUCAAAAGACUCUGGAAAGAUCUGUGUGGUUAUAGAUCUGGAUGAGACAUUAGUUCACAGCUCUUUUAAGCCUGUGAACAAUGCAGAUUUCAUCAUUCCUGUGGAAAUAGAUGGAACAGUACACCAGGUGUACGUGCUGAAGCGGCCCCAUGUUGACGAGUUCCUCAAGAGAAUGGGAGAACUGUUUGAGUGCAUCCUGUUCACUGCCAGUUUAGCCAAGUAUGCAGACCCCGUCUCCGACCUCCUGGACAAGUGGGGUGCUUUCCGCUCCCGCCUCUUCCGGGAGUCCUGUGUCUUCCACCGAGGUAAUUACGUCAAGGACCUGAGUCGCCUGGGUCGCGACCUGAACAAGGUCAUCAUCGUGGACAACUCCCCUGCCUCCUACAUCUUCCACCCCGAUAACGCAGUGCCGGUGGCCUCGUGGUUCGAUGACAUGUCCGACACCGAGCUGCUGGACCUCAUCCCCUUCUUUGAGAGGCUGAGCAAAGUGGAUAAUGUCUACACAGUCCUCAAGCACCAAGGGACAGCAAGCUAACAGUGUUCGAUUUCUCAUCUCAGCUCUGAACAAAAAAUGGCGUACAGAACAGAAACACCCACACCAGCGAGGCUCCAGCGAGGCUCAAGCUAUCACCGCCCACCAGAACACAGAUUGCGACACAGCUGACCGAGCCUUCACCUUCCCAGUAUCAAACCAAGACCACGUUUGGGAGUCUUCAGUGACUUUGACGCCUUCAUCACUGCCACCUCCUGGUCAAACAUAAACUCCCUGAAAUUUGUAACUUUCUCCCUGUCAGCCUACCAUGAACCAGCUGAUGUGAGUGAAUACAUGAAAGGAUGGAUGCAUGAAUGUUUAAGGACAUUUCUGCGGAGUCACUGAACUUGCAGUUGAGUUAACAAAGCAGAGGUCUGUAGCCAUGAAUUCUCUGGACACAGACCGGGUACUGGACUUCUCACGGAUUCUGAUCCUGCAGCAGAUGCAGGAUUCGAUAAGCAGGAACCGAGUUGAAAGGAAUUUCUGGAAAGAUUCCUGUGCAAAUAAACUUGAUCAGUCUCGUCAUUGAAAGAGCAGAUGGUGUAGACGUACUGUAGAUGUCUUUUAAGCAUUUUGGAAUAACAUCAUCUUUGUCACACACCCUAAUUUUGUCACACUAUUGGUCUGCAGUCAAAAGCAUGUGAUCCUCGGGUGUCAUUUCAGAGUUUUUAGAGCGAUGCAGUCAGGUAUUUUUGAAUAACCUGACAGGAUGAAUCUGAUCAAAAAAGUAAAAUGAGCGGGAGUUAUUAAAUUCACUAAUAACAAAAUGAUUGGACAGCACUUUACAAGUAUAGUUAUAUAGUACAGUCCUCCCUUUCACUGCAGUGUAGAACAUGAUUUUAGCACAAUUUGUAUACUAAACUCUUAGAAAACAGCAUUGCAUAAAAAAUAGGGAUCAUUAUUUGGAAUUUGGAAUUGUCCUUUUGCAGCAGGAAGCUAAAAAACUGACCCAUGGGAACAUAAAAUUGUGGGAAAACCAAUGUAAACCACUAUAAUCGUUUUAAGUCGUGACUUUUUCAGUGAAAAUUGGUUUAUAACAAAAACAACAAGCCCUAUUAAACAAGCCAAAUAAGACACUAACAUGAAUAUCAAACCAUCUGCACAUGACAGUGAAAGAGCAGCUGUUAUGUUUAUCGGACGCAGAUUUCCAAAGGUGGUUUAAAGAUUGAUGGGACAGCAAAAAUGCAGCGUAUCUGCACCUGCAUGUCGGUAGAUGUUGUGAACAGUUGACCCCAGAGACACGAGGACCAGCAUUACCUUCUCUGAUGGGUUCUGUUAUUUGUUUUAAAGCCACACACAAAACUUGAAUUUCUCACAGCGUUGUUCAGACUGUAUCUGAAUGGUAAGAGAAAGUUGUAUGUUGAGAAGAAAGGUUGCAGUUUGGCUUGUCAGUUUGUUUCUCAUAAGCUUCUAAGUACUUUUUUUGUUAAUUUCUAAGCGGUACACAUAGGCUGGAAACAAUUUCAGGACUUUGUAGUAAAAUGUGUCGAUGGGGGAAGCUGCCAUGUGGACUUGAGGGUAUGUGAGGUGCUGACACCUUUGACGACAAGAAGUGGUUUAAUUCAGUCCAGAUUUAAAGGAGAAAUCCACCCUGAAACACUGUUAAUAAGCAGCUAUUGGCAUGGGCGUAGAUACCAGGAAGGGAACGGGGGGAUACACCCCUCAAUAUUUAGAAAUGUGCAUUUGUUCUCCCCAAUAAAACUUUUAUUUUGACGAAAUUAAAGACGUUUUCACCAUUAAUUAAUGCAGAAAAGGCACAAAUUGGUGCAGAAGGCAGGAAAUUCAGUGUUUGACGCUCAAAAUUUCGUGGCAGAGGAUCCCCAACGUCCCCAAUUUCAUAUGGGUCCCCCCUAAUAUUGAAAUGAAACCUACACCCUUGACUAAGGGUGAUUUAUUUUGCCCGUCUGAGUGGUCCUUUUCUCUUGGAUUGGUGAAAUAAACCAUAGAAAAAGCAAAAAUAUUCACAGUACUGCUACUGAAAUACUCACUUGUCAAAAAGGCAUUGUGGGAAAUGCAGGAACUCACCAGCAGACAUAAAGUUUAUCAAAAAAUAUCGUUUUACGGGUGGAUUAUUCCUUUAAAAACUCCUUGACCACAUGGGGUCCUACACAUUGAAUCUGUGUUGCUUUUUUUUUGCCCUACAUGGUGAUGUUAGUCCAGUCAGUUUUAAGGAGCAGCGUGGCCCCUAGCCGGCCUCUUUGUUAUCGCCCUCAUUUGCGUUGACAAUACCAUGUGUUGACACUGAUGAAUGAAGCCGUGGAUUUAAAUAAGAGCCUCCGUAGUGGGCUCGUGAUGUGACUCUACCUAGACGAGGCAGGGAUGACAAUUAAAUCCACCAUACUGAGAGCUAUUGCAUUAUUUUUCUAUGUUUAACAAAUUCUUGUCAAUCAAAUUAGCUUGUUUCUUUUCUAAAUAAUUACUGAGUUUAUUUUAUUUUGUUGCCCAGGAGUGGUCCUCCGAUACAAUAUUGGUUCGUUUCCCAAAGGGGACACAUUGUUCUUGCUGUUUUCAUGCAAGACCUGGUUGGUUACCUCGUCUGUUUAUCAGUAAUAUGCAUCAGAAACACCAGCAAAUGACUUAAAGGAUAGUAUCUUUCUGUUGUAGGCACAUAACAGGGUAAUUAUUUGGAUAUGUGUAUUUCAUGUAAGCCAUCAUUACACGUUUCAGUUAGGUUCAAUGCUGAUAAUUGUCUUUUUCUUUUUUUGGAAUUCAUUGGCAAAGAGGAGUAUUUAUAGGAAGUCAUUUGAUCACACAUGAAACAAGUGUGUCACUGCGGGGGCCCAUUCACUGAUACUGUACUUCUCACACAUUCAGCAGAUAUGUAUAUUUUGUUUUGCACAGUAAUAAAGCAAACAAAUUUUCAUUAAUAUAUGGAAUAUUCAUGUUACUGUACUUAUGAUUGAAUAGAUGUAACCUAAUUUUUUUUUUGACCUGUUGUUUUAUCAUACCAAAUUAUAUAUGGACUAUGUAAUGAUGCCAUUUUUGUUUUCCAUAAAUGCUUAAUGAAAGAUGGUCCAA